AUGAAAACAAGCAGAAGGUUGGGGCAUGGGAAACCAAAAAGAGCUGGACGCACUUUGAAAUCCCUCAAAUCGAAGCCAACGUCACCUACACCUCGGGAUCAUCUGCGUCAUCAAUCAAGAAACAUUUUCGAUCGUGAUAACAAGUUGUCAUCAUUGUUUUCAUCUCAAACAGAGAGCACUCCCGAUCCAAGCACGCGAAGAACCAAUAGACUUCCCUAUGCAGAUGAAGAUGAAGGAUUCCCCAAUAGAGGAGAUAGUUCGCCGCCUCUUGAUAUUCGAAAGAAAAGAAGGCUGAUAACCCCUCCGAGUCAAUUUCAAGACAGUUUGGAGUACGAUUUGCGAAGGAACUCGCCUCCUGGUGACUUAUCGAACGACUUUUUCAAUGUCCUGAAACCCAAAAAAGCGGCAAAGUCUAAAAAGCUGCUGAAAAAAUCAUCAUCUCAGACAUCACAAGAAAGAUUAAAUAAUCAGCUACGUUCGCCAUUGAAAGGACAAAAUGAUCCCCUAAAUAAUAGAGAUGUGCAUAGGACACAGAGCCAAGGCGCUAGAAGGAUGUCGUAUAAUAGUCGAGGGAGAAGGGUUAGCUCAAUGGGUAACGGUUUUGAAGGAGAGCCGCAUCAAGAUGUUCCUGUUUCCGAGUACCACAAACAUCUUGAUAAAUCGAUUCCCGAAUCAGAUAGAAUGAGACAGCUCUUGAUUUGGAAUUUGAAAGCGGAGUUGGAUAAAGAGGAAAGUGACCACAGAGCAAAACAGGACCAGAUGUCGCCAGAAACACAAACGGUGAAUAGCAUAGCCAAAACGAUCAAUGAUGAAUUGAUUCAGCUGUUGAAGGAUUAUUCCCUAUCGAUAGACUGGAACGAAGGUUCUCUGCAAAAACUCGACUCUGUGCUACUACCUAAUCCCAAAAACAAAACAAAUUUGGAAAAUAUCAAAAAGUACACAUUGGAGUUGAAUGCAUUGAAAAGUGAGAAGCAAGAAUGGGAACAGGCGUACCAGCAAUUGACCUCCCUUAUAGAUACAGUGGCCACUCCUCAAGACACCGAAGCUUUUGUCGGGACCAUUGAGAGUCAAAAUUUACAAAAUGAACUAAAUCCGACAUUUGCUAAUGUUGAACAAAAUUAUCAAGACAUUCAUCAAAACUUGACAAAAGUGACGACAGAUGUUGAGCUGUUGUAUUUUUCAGUACGCCAGAUGAGCGAGUUGGCUGAAAGAAUUGAGAACAGAGGCAAAAGUGAUUUGGAGAAUCAAAUCUCAAAGUUGUUGGCAAAAUCAUUACCUCAGCCGCAUGAAAAACUAGUGGAAUCAAAGGACAUUUUACAAGCUAUAUGCCUUCGUGCUAACACAAAGAAAUAA